UCGGGAUGCGGAAGACGAAAGCACCGGUCCGGUAAGCUCUCUCUCACCCACGACAACGCCGCACCGCUGGGCUGAUCAUCUUCCGCGGGUCCGGACUGAAUGAUGCUGAACUCUCUCUCUCAAUCUCAGCAGGCGUGAUGCUACAGCAGUGGCGCGCGACUCCAGUCUUCGGGAAAUCUUCGCGUCUGUAAUGCAGCGACAGUCGUCAGUGCGCGUUUACAUGCAGCGCGGAGCAACCUGUAGCUGCUGACCCGGAAAUGAUAUUUGGAGCCGCUGGCCAAUCAGAGUCACCGAAACGGAGAGACAGCAGUGAUUACAAAAUGCACUUUCCUUGCGAGGCUCCAAACAAAUUGGGGCUGGUAGGUUCUGCUUACCACAUUGUGGCAUUUCCACCUGAAACAGCUGUUGAGGCUUUGACCAGAGCAACAUCAGGCACCGUCACCAUGGCCGCCAUGGGCGCCAUCUUUGGAAUGGCCACUUGUCUUAGCGCACAGGCCAGAGAAGCACCUGACGACCCAACCAACUAUUUCAUCGGUGGAUGUGCUUCAGGUAUUUUCCUCGGGGCACGAACACACAGUGCUAUCACAGGUACCACAGCGUGUUUUGGUUUGGGAACUUUGGCUAUGUUCACCAAGAUUGGACAAAUGGAAGGCUGGAGACUAACGGGACCCCCAAAACUGUGACCUGAUAUGUCCCCUAGUGCUUGAUGUGUUUAUAUUGUAUAUUGCUCAAAUAAAUGUAUUACAAUUAAAAA